UCAUCAAAAUAUCAUACCCACUCUCACGCAAAUUUGACAGCUGUCUUUUCACGGAAAAAGGGAAAGAGUGAGACCUCUUAAAUUUUCUUUAUCUUUGAAAAGCCGUGCUUCCCUUUCCGCUCCGGCUGGACAGGAAUUUCCUCAGGAGCAAUGGGUCCUCCGGACAGGGCAAAGGUCCACAAAUGACAUGGAGACACAUUUUUAGGCAGUAGUGAGGCUGCCCUCACUGCUCGGCUCAAAAUGAGGGAGUGGUGGCUCCAUGUGGGUUUGAUCUGCGUGCCGCUGCUGGCCGUGUACCUGCACAUCCCGGCCCCCCAGCCCUCGGCCGCCCUGCACCGGUGGCGCAGCGCCGGGGAGGUGUUCCGCUUCAGGGGGAGGAGGGUCUUCUACAGAGAUUCUUUUGGUGCUUUGGGAAGCUCAGAUGUGGUCGUUCUGCUGCACGGCUUCCCCACCUCUAGCUACGACUGGAAUAAGGUCUGGGAUCCACUCACACAGCGCUUCCAUCGAGUCAUUGCUCUCGAUUUUCUUGGAUUUGGCUUCAGCGACAAGCCGAGGCCCCACAGGUACUCCAUUUUCGAGCAGGCCACUUUGGUGGAAGCCCUGCUGGCACACUUGGACCUGAGCAAACAUCGAGUCAAUCUGGUGUCUCACGACUAUGGAGACACUGUUGCCCUGGAGCUGCUCUACAGGGCUGACCAAAAUCGCACGGGCCACCUGACUCUGAACAGCCUUUGUCUUUCAAAUGGAGGAAUAUUCCCAGAAACGCACCACCCCCGGUUGCUGCAAACACUUUUGAAGGACUCAGGUUUUCUGGCUGCAGUUCUAACCCGCCUCGUCAACUAUUUGAUCUUCCAGAAAGGGAUAGGGGAGGUUUUUGGUCCUUACACGCAGCCCACAGAUGCUGAGUUCUGGGACAUGUGGACGGGUUUGCGCCACAACGACGGCAACCUGGUUUUGGACAGCAUCCUCCAGUACAUCAACCAGAGGUUGAAACACAGAGAUCGAUGGGUGGGCGCCCUCACGUCCACCUUUGUCCCGUUGCACAUGAUCUACGGACCCCUGGACCCAGUCAACCCACAUCCCCAUUUCAUCCGUCUUUACCAGCGGCUGGUGCAGAGGUCCACCUUCACCGUUCUGGACGAGCAUAUCAGUCACUACCCUCAGCUGGAAGAUCCAACAGGUUUUCUCAAUGCAUAUUUUAAUUUUAUCCACUCGUUCUGAGAGGACUGCUUUCUAACAAAUAAUGCAUGUUAAAGAAACAAUGUGUUCUACACAGACAUGAGACUGUAAACACCAAUCUGAGCUGUGGAAGAGUUUAAAAACAGAACAGAAAAAGCUAAUGUUGUACGGAAUGUACCUGUGGGACAGUUUUGAUUCUAUCAUGUGUUGAGUUCUGAGCUGCUUCCUUUUUAUAUAAUUUUCUACAUUUCUCAAUGUGGUUGACUAAAUGUUGAUUUUUCUUCAAAUAAAACUAGUUUUAUAAUAAAAAAAAAA